CGUCUGUCUACCUAGGCAAAGAGAAAUGAUACAAAAUGAUGUUCGGCUUCUCACACAGUGCUGCAGUAGCUGCCAUCCUGGGGGUAGUCUCCGCCGUCAACGCCCCAGGCACCCCGAACGCAAGAGUGAAGCGAGACCAACAGCAAGAAGCAGUCGUCGUAGACGGAACCAGCUUCUCGCUGAACGGCGACAACUUCUCCUACCGCUUCCAUGUGGACAAUGACACCGGCGACCUGCUGUCCGAUCACUUUGGUGGCAGCAUCACUGGAGACAUCCCGAUCGAGACUGUUGCUGCGGUAAAUGGCUGGGUGGGCGAACAAGGCCGCGUGCGCCGUGAAUUCCCCGACCAAGGACGAGGGGACUUCCGUGUCCCUGCGAUGCGGAUCCGUCAGGCUGAGGGCUACACCGUUUCCGAUCUGCAGUAUCAAUCCUAUACGGUCGUGCAGGGUAAGCCGCCCCUGGCUGGGUUGCCGGCGACAAUGGGCUCGGAGAGCGAUGUUACCACUUUGAUUGUGCAUCUGUACGAUAAUUACAGCGCUGUGGCAGCGGACCUGUCGUACUCUGUCUUUCCUAGGUAUGACGCUGUUGUCCGCAGCGUCAAUCUCACGAAUAAGGGUACGGGGAACAUCACCGUCGAGGCACUGGCUAGUCUGAGCGUGGAUUUUCCCUAUGAGAACCUGGAUAUGGUCAGCCUCCGGGGAGACUGGGCAAGAGAAGCUCACCGUGAGAGGAGAAAGGUUGAAUAUGGGAUACAGGGCUUCGGAAGUUCUACAGGUUACUCGUCUCAUCUCCACAAUCCUUUCCUUGCACUGGUUGACCCCUUCGCCACUGAAUCUGAUGGUGAGGCCUGGGGCUUCUCACUGAUCUACACGGGUUCCUUCUCCGUUCAAGUCGAGAAGAGCUCCCAGGGCUUCACGCGUGCCCUCUUGGGCUUGAAUCCCAGCCAACUGUCGUGGCCUCUAGGUCCUGGAGAGACUCUUAGCUCUCCGGAGUGCGUGGCUGUCUACUCAAACAACGGCAUCGGCGGCAUGUCACGCCGUUUGCACCGCUUGUACCGCAAUCACCUUAUGAAGAGCAGGUUUGCGACAGCCGACCGCCCCGUCCUCCUGAACAGCUGGGAAGGGCUAGGCUUCGACUACAACCAGACUAGUAUCUACCAGCUCGCCCAGGAAGCAGCCGAUCUGGGAGUCAAGCUGUUCGUCCUGGACGAUGGUUGGUUUGGCGACAAGUACCCUCGCACCUCUGAUACAGCCGGCCUGGGAGACUGGGUCCCCAAUCCCCAGAGAUUUCCCAACGGCCUCGCACCCGCCGUGAGAAACUAUACGGCAAUCGUAACGGCAAACACUUCUAGCCAUCUCCGCUUCGGCAUCUGGGUCGAGCCGGAAAUGGUCAAUCCCAACUCGGACCUGUAUCAUGAACAUCCAGACUGGGCACUGCACGCGGGACCCUAUCCACGCACCGAGAGACGCAAUCAGCUCGUGUUGAACGUCGCAUUACCGGAAGUGCAAGAGUUCAUUAUAGACGCCGUCUCGAACAUCCUCAACAGUGCAGACAUCACCUACGUCAAGUGGGAUAACAACCGGGGUAUCCACGAGACGCCUUCCCCAAGCACCGACCAUGCCUACAUGCUGGGCUUGUACCACGUGUUCGACACGCUGACGACGCGCUUUCCCAACGUCCUCUGGGAAGGCUGCGCAUCUGGCGGCGGUCGUUUCGAUGCAGGCGUAUUGCAGUUCUUCCCACAGAUCUGGACUUCCGAUGACACCGAUGCCGUCAACCGCAUUAACAUCCAGCUCGGUACCUCCCUGGCAUACCCUCCAAGCGCAAUGGGCAGCCACUUGUCUGCCGUGCCGAACCAGCAGACUGGGAGGACUGUACCUGUGUCCUUCCGCGGCCACGUAGCCAUGAUGGGCGGGUCGUUUGGUCUGGAGCUGGACCCGGCUACUACACCCGAGGAAGAUAAGGCAGCCCUGCCCGGCCUUAUUGCGCUCGCAGAGAAGGUCAACCCAAUCAUCCUGACGGGUGAUAUGUACCGGCUUAGGCUGCCGGAGGAUUCUAACUGGCCCGCCGUGCUGUUCAUAUCGGAGGACGGCUCAGAGGCUGUUCUCUUUUAUUUUCAAACCAAUCCGAAUGUGAACCAUGCUGCUCCGUGGGUAAGAUUGCAGGGGUUAGAUCCACAGGCCAUGUACAGCGUUGACGGGAACGCAACGUACUCGGGGGCAACUUUGAUGAAUAUCGGACUGCAGUAUUACUUCGACUCGGAUUAUGGGAGUCGGGUUGUUUUCUUGGAGAGGCAGUGAAGGAUCCUUUCUCAGACAAGUGUUAAUGCCAAGCCUGCAAUGGAAUUAGAGUCGUCAUAUUCUGUGUCAAAAACUAUGCGUCUGAAUAAAUAACUCCCAAAAGCUAUAUUGAAGAGACCUGCUGCGGUACUCUCCUCGCUAUGACCUGUGACCCCGACACAGCCCUAAACACAGAGGUUGAAGACGGCACGGAAUGCACAUCCACGAGUCUAGAUUCCUGCUCAUUCUGACGACGUUUUGGGGAAUGUCUCUUGAUCCAAGGGGGCAAGCUAUAAACAGCGCCACAGAUAAAAAUACCGCACCACAAUGUCCAGUUCCGUGCCGUAGAUGACCAUGCCUAGGACGUUGAUGCUCGGCUCGAAGACUGAUAUUGCUUAGUAUCAAGUGUUUGAGAGAAUAGGUAGAUAGAAAAAUAACAACAAAGUAGGAGAAAGGCAACGUGCA